AGUCCAUUAGUCCAUCAGUCUAUUGCCGAAACCCGUGUUUACGACACGUACACGAACAAACACCUAAUUAAUCGCCCCCAUUUCACUCCGCCCUUACGACACUGAUUUCUAGCGUGUUUUUGACACUUGUCCGAUAGUUGCUGUUUUUCGAACACCUAAGAAAUAGUGUGUGCUGUGAUUGUCAGUUGUUGUGCGUGCGUGUUGUGUGUGUGUGUGUGUGCGUGUUUGUGUGUGUAUGUGUGUGUAGCGUUGCAUUGGGAUUAACGUCGAAGUCUGUUAUGUGAUUUCGACAGAUCAUAAUGGCCGGCAAUGUUCGCCGGUGGUGGAAACCGACACCGUUCGUCCUCGUCGAAAGUGCGCACCAUGCAGCUAUUCCAUGAGCUAAAGCAACAAUUCCCUACCGCCCCCGAUCACCUAGUCUCCUCUUGUUUGCUCGCCGCCGCCUCCAAAGCCGCCUCACCCCUUAUCCCGUCCUCCAAUUCGGUCCCGCGUCCCAUGGCCCGUCCCCAACUGCCUCCAUCUCCUGUUUCUGAUGAUACAACGGUGGGCACGGAAACAAUGGCUUCCUGCCCUUCCCCCUCGACUGUUGCUUACACAAAGGGGGAGGAAAAUGUCCAAAUGGACAGGAAGAAUGAUGUGAACAAGGUUGAUAACAACACGUUUUAUGCGAAGAGGCCAAACACAUUAGGCAUCAAAAGCGAAAACAAUUUUUCGUUUAAUGAAACAGACAGAUCCCGCCGCCUUCGGACCUCAUCGAAGUGCAACGACGUCCACAAACUGUUAACAUCUGUGGAAAAAAAACCUCCCAGAUCUCCGCUCACCUCGAAGAAACGUCCCGUUACCGUUUCCACCCCGUCACAAACUACUGACACGCUCUUGAACACUCCCUCGCCCUCGGUCAAUCUGUCGCUAAACGUGAAUUGUUCCAUGGACGUUGUACAAAGUCCUACGGCAACGAAGCCGAAAGUGUGUCAACUGCAAGUGACACCGACACAGCCGUGGUUGGAGUCGCCGACAUCCUCGGCGUCGGCGCCAUCGCCGAGGAGUUUUACUAGUGUCAACCUCACCCUACGUCCGCCUUCGUCUGAACCCCAGCCACCAAUAGACAUUACAUCCCAGAAUUCUUCCUUGACUUAUUCCACGAGUAGUUUCGAUUCGAAACGCGGCCUCCAGUCCAGACUGCAAAUUACGGUCGGACCAGGUGGCGGAACCGUGUCCUCGGUCAGGGCGAGGCCGAGGAGUUUUCACCUCGACGAAGGCGUCAAACUGAAGGAUAUCGAUGAGGAGAAACGAGCCGGAUCCCUCGAUUGUUUGCUCACGUCUGACGGACCUUCCGGUGUAGUCCAGCAGCAACAAGCCAGGUUUGACAGGUUAAAAAUCGAGCUGAUGACCGACAAAACGAAACUUGUUGUGAUGCAGCGCGACUACGCGGAAAUGUUAAGGAAGAAAAGAGAGAAGGACCGACUGAACAACGAAGUGAAGAGACAACUCGAACGGGAGAUCAAACAUCUGAAGGUGCAAUGCCUAAACCUGACGGACCAAGACUCGAUCUACACAAACAUUUACACGGGUCAACGUCCCUCGACAGCAGCAACAAUCCAACAACCGUUGCACGUGCCCCAUCUGAGACCGGAUUCGUCCCCGACAACAAUGCAACAACAACCCUUUCAGCCGCUUCAACCGCCUCCAGGUUGGAACUGCAGCCUGUGUACAUUCCUGAACCACCCCGAUCUGAGCAAGUGCGAGCAGUGCGAGAUGCCGAGGACCACGUAUCACGGUACGAGGGAAAGUCACGGUCCAAAUGUGAACAUGUCGGCUGAACAGAUUAUCGAUCAGCUGACAUUGAGGAAUGCUGAAAGUUUCGCGACACAACCGAACGUUUUGGGGCUUGUCACGCCUCGGAACUCCAACAGUCACGUUGUCACAGUUUAUAACAAUCACCUUUUCACUGAUUACCGAAAUAAUAUUACAAACAAUAACGAUGAUCAUGACAUAAUCACAAACAAAUAAUCUACGAUUCUAUAUCCUUUAGUUUUUAUUUUUCUUAACAAGAACUUCAUAUCACAAUUUUCCUGUGAUAUUAUGUGAUAUUUAUUAUUUGAUUUUUUUGAGUGUUUUGCAAUUUAGUGGAGGCUCUCUGAAACUAUUAUUCAGGUAUAGAAAAAAUGUAGAACAUCACAAUAAUUCAAAGUUAUGUUAUGUUAUAUGUAGAUAAAGAAAGCACAGCACGACAGGCCAAAGUAACUGGUGGAAGUCGCAUCUCGAUAUCAUAGAUACAAGCAAAAAUUCGAAACAUAUAUUAUUAUUCUUUAUUCAUAUCAAGCAAUUUAUUGUCCUUAAACAGCAUAUUCAAUAUAUAGGAAAUGUAAAUAUUAUUUACCAAUUUCUCGUUUAAUAAUAUAUUUUAGCUCUUAUACGAAAUGUUUUUGAUUAUAGGUCUGUGCGCGUAAACUAUUUCUUUUCAUUAAAUUUAUUGACUUUGUUUUCUUCUUCCAAUGAUUAAUCCCAGUACAGUAAAAAGAUUUUAAUAAGAAUGUGGCAUACAUUCUGAAGAUGAAUAAUAAAAUAUUGAAUACAAGUUUUUGUCGGGGCAAUUUAUUUAUACCUAUUUAAUUAGUAAGUUUUUGUGAUAUGGUCGACGUCCUCCACAACUAAACCAUUCGGCAUAUUUUAAACAGAGUGAUUUGGUUAAAUUAUAGUUUUUAUACAAUAUAUAGUAACAAUGUAGUUGUGUACUGUUAACAAUUAAACUUAUAAAUUUUAUUACAUUGUUAAUAAUGAAUAGAUGACUAAAAUUUGUUAUCAUCUUAACGCACUGCAAAAAUUAGAACAACUUUGUACAUUUAUUAUCCCUAUAAAAUAUUGUAUGAGUAGUUUUUGUUUGUUCGUUUGUUUGUUGUACAUAAAAUAAAUAUGUAAUUUAAAAAGAA